ACCUUAUUUGCAAAAUCGCCACUCUAGAAAUGCACCAAGAUUUAGCCCGCUUUUAUGCACGCGUUUUUUGUCGCCUGUCGCGUGGCGACAAAAAACGCGGCGUUUAUAGAUGAAACAAAAUGGAACUUUUGUCUAACGUUGUUUGUGGCGUGUCGCUUUCAGAUAGAUCAGUGGCCAUCGUAUCGUCUAAACAAGGAAGUGUGGUGCAUUGAUAAAUAAUGGAUCCGUGUGUUGUAUACUUGGCAUACAAAUAUAUAAUCAAAAAGAGACGCAAGAGACGUUGGAGCGUUCACCCAAUAAAUAGUGCAAGAAAUCUCAGAGGCACAUAUUAUACACUACACAAAGAACUAAGACGAGACAAUGACAAAUUCUUUAAUUAUUACCGUAUGUCGAUAGCUUCCUUUGAUGAGCUAUGUGAAAAGUUAAAAAACACUUUCAAUAAAGAUAGGGAGCUGAUUCAAGGAUUUGCAUUCGAAGCAGAAGAAAUGUUAUCAAUGACGUUGAGGUAUUUAGGUUCAGGAUGUACCUAUACAGAGCUGCACUACAGCUACAGAUUAGGGGUCACAACGGCAAGUCUUCUAAUUCCAAGAGUUUGCGUUGCCCUAUGGCGUACAUUACAGGAAGAGUGCUUUCCUGUACCUACUGAACAACGUUGGCGCCAAAUUGCCCAAGAUUUUGCAGAACGUACCAAUUUUCCUAACUGCAUUGGCUCUAUUGAUGGUAAACAUUGCAGGAUAAUCGCGCCUGCACAUAGCCGAUCACUGAAUUAUAAUUACAAGAACUUUUUUCCAUUGUUCUAUUAGCUAUUGCCGACAGCAGCUGUUGUUUUAUAUACAUCGAUGUCGGGUCCUAUGGUAAGGAAUCGGACUCCAUGGUGUUUAGACAAUGCUCCUUGUUUAGAAAAUUGGAAGAAGAUACCUUACAUAUCCCAAAACCUGAGAAAGUAGCAGAAACAACACUGCC